GCAUAUUGGAGAUAACAUCUGUAGAAAUUGGAGUUGUGGCAGUUAAGUCCAUUAAGAGCAACUAUUAUUUAGCCAUGAACAAGAAAGGAAAAGUCUACGGCUCUAAGGAAUUUAACAGUGAUUGCAAAUUGAAGGAAAGAAUAGAAGAAAAUGGGUAUAACACAUAUGCAUCCUUAAAUUGGAAGCACAAUGGAAGGCAAAUGUUUGUGGCCCUGAAUGGAAGAGGAGCCACAAAGAGAGGGCAGAAAACAAGAAGGAAAAACACUUCAGCUCACUUUCUUCCAAUGGUAGUAAUGUCAUAG